UGACGCCAAAGCUCCUCCAGUGAAGUCUCGCGGAGUAAAAACACCGGCCAUUUUUCUCCAUUUAUAGCAGGACACUUUGUGCUUGAGUAAUGUAACCGAGAGUGUUGCGAUCACUUUAAUAAGCCUACAACUUUUGGCCAAGUUUUAUUUUGGUGCCUAAGCAUUCAAACUUACUGCAAACCGAACACAAACCAUGUUUGUGUUUUCCGCCGCAAAGUUUUUUCGAUGACAUCCCUGUCCGGAUAGAUGAUUGUCUAAACUGUCGUACAAAUGGAAAUGGUGCCUAGCGAGGAGAACCAGUUCGUACCCAAAGAGGGCUUGUUUUGGAGUUGCAGACAGAGUGUUAUUGAUGAAAUAAAGAGGAUUUCACAGAUACAUAAUGCAGCUGAGGAGCCCAGAGUGCUGUGCAUAAUUCAGGACACGACCAGCGCGAAGACGGUCAACGAGAGGCUGACCCUCAACCUGCCCGCUUCCACCACUCUCUCCAAACUUUACGAGGACGUUGCCCAUAAGGCCGGAUAUGUGAAUGGCUCUUUUGACCUUGCCUGGGGGAACGCUCAGAACAUGGCACCGCUGGAGCACAACAGUGAGAUGUCCCUCUCUGAUUCUAGCUUUGAGCCCGGCGGUAAGAAGAAUUUUCUCCAGCUUACAGAUAAAGAUGGAGAGCAACCACAGAUUGCAUCGGAUGAGUCAGGAACAGCAGAUAGCAGCGGGCUGGAUGACAGUUCCCAGGAGCGGUUUAUCGGCCCCCUGCAAAGAGACGGCAGCGCGGGCGGCAGCGGUGACUACAGCAGUCCGUCGUACUCCUACUCAUCCAUCCUCAGCAAAUCUGAGACCGGUUAUGUUGGGUUGGUUAACCAAGCAAUGACCUGCUAUCUGAACAGUCUCCUCCAAACACUGUUUAUGACUCCUGAGUUUAGAAAUGCACUCUACAAUUGGGAGUUUGAGGAAUCCGAGGAGGAUCCCGUCACCAGCAUCCCCUACCAGCUGCAAAGGCUCUUUGUUCUGCUGCAGACCAGUAAGAAGCGGGCGAUUGAGACGACUGAUGUAACUCGGAGCUUCGGGUGGGAUAGCAGUGAGGCCUGGCAGCAGCAUGACGUCCAGGAACUGUGCAGGGUCAUGUUCGAUGCCCUGGAGCAGAAGUGGAAGCAGACAGAACAGGCUGAUCUGAUCAACCAGCUGUACCAGGGAAAGCUGAAGGAUUAUGUGCGUUGUUUAGAGUGUGGAUAUGAGAGCUGGAGAAUCGACACUUACCUGGACAUCCCUCUUGUGAUCAGACCCUUUGGAGCCAGUCAGGCCUACGGAAGUGUGGAAGAAGCUUUGCAGGCAUUCAUCCAGCCAGAAACCUUGGACGGCCCCAACCAGUACUUCUGUGAGCGCUGCAAAAAGAAAUGUGAUGCCCGAAAGGGUCUGAGGUUUCUGCACUUCCCCUACCUGCUGACGCUGCAGCUGAAAAGGUUUGAUUUUGACUACACCACUAUGCAUCGCAUCAAGCUUAACGACCGCAUGACUUUCCCAGAGGAGCUCGACAUGAGCCCGUUCAUCGAUGUGGAAGACGAGAAAUCGCCUCAGACAGAGAGCUGCACUGAUAGCGGAGCAGAGAAUGAAGGCAGUUGCCACAGUGACCAAAUGAGCAAUGAUUUUUCCACUGAUGACUGUGUGGAUGAGGGCAUCUGCUUGGACAGCACCAGUAGCACAGAAAGGGCAUUGAAGCCAAAGAGCUUGCUGACCUUUGAGUUGUUCUCCGUCAUGGUCCAUUCGGGCAGCGCUGCGGGUGGACACUACUACGCCUACAUCAAGUCCUUCAGUGAUGGCCAGUGGUACAGUUUCAAUGAUCAGCAUGUUAGCAAGAUCACCCAGGAUGAUAUCAGGAAGACAUAUGGGGGGUCCUCAGGGAGCAGAGGCUAUUAUUCCAGUGCCUUUGCAAGUUCCACAAACGCUUACAUGCUGAUUUACAGAUUGAAAGACCCCUCAAGGAAUUCAAGGUUUUUAUCUGUGGAAGAUUUCCCAGAGCACAUAAAGAGUUUGGUUCAGAAGGAGAAGGAAUCCGAAGAGCAAGAGAAGCGCCAGAGAGAAAUCGAACGAAACACUUGCAAGAUCAAGCUCUUCUGUGUGCAUCCUGUCAAAAUGAUGAUGGAGAGCAAGUUGGAGGUUCAUAAAGAUAAAACUCUCAGAGAAGCAACAGAAAUGGCCUACAAGCUGAUGGAGCUGGAAGGAGUUGUCCCUCUGGACUGCUGUCGCCUGGUAAAGUAUGAUGAGUUCCAUGAGUAUCUGGAGCGGUCGUACGAAGGCGAGGAAGACACCCCCAUGGGGCUCCUGCUUGGAGGCGUCAAGUCCUCGUACAUGUUCGAUUUGCUCCUCGAGACUCGCCGGCCUGAUCAGGUCUUCCAGCCGUAUAAACCUGGAGAGGUGAUGGUGAAGGUCCACGUUGUUGAUCUGAAGACCGAGACCAUCGCCCUUCCGAUCAGCGUGCGAGCGUACCUGAACCAGUCCAUCACUGAAUUCAAACAGCUUAUAGCACAGGCUACAGGUCUGUCUGCAGAAACGAUGCGCGUGGUCUUGGAGCGGUGCUACAACGACCUCAGGCUGCUCUACGUCCCAAACAAGACGCUAAAAGCCGAGGGUUUCUUCAGGAGUAACAAGGUUUUUGUGGAGAGCUCAGAGUUGACUGAUCAUCAGGUUCCUUUCACCGACUCGCUCUUGUGGAAACUGUUGGAUCGCCACGGGAACACGAUCCGCCUGUUUGUCUUGCUGCCUGAGCAAUCUCCUGGCACCCUGGCCAGCAGAACUCUUUGUCAAAAAGCAGGAGAAGACUCUGACGGUCCCUUCGAAGGAUCGAAGGGCAACAGGAAAUCUGUGGAAGCGAUACUGGAGGAGAGCACGGAGAAGUUGAAGAACCUGUCUCUUCAGCAGCAGCAGCAGCAGCAGGGCUCCAGCGCCAGCGACAGCCAGAAAAGCUCCGACACCAGCGACUUCGAGCACAUCGAGUCGCCGACGCAGGAGGCGGACUCGAACUCAUCGCUGUGCGUGGCGGCAGACAGCAGGGAGCUGGAGAACCGGAUAUCCGGCUCCUCCGACACGGAGAACCAGUUUGUUUGCGAGGAGCGUUCAGACUCUGAGGUGAACAACGACCGUAGCACGAGCUCAGUGGACAGCGACAUCCUGAGCUCCAGCCACAGCAGCGACACACUGUGCAACGCGGACAGCGGCCCCAUCCAGCUGGCCAACGGCCUGGAUUCACACAGCAUCACCAGCAGCCGACGCUCCAAAGCCCACGAGGGCAAGAAGGAGACCUGGGACACUGCUGAGGAAGACUCUGGGACCGACAGCGAGUAUGACGACAACGGGAAGAGCAAGGCAGAAGCUCAGUACCUGUACUUCAGAGCAGAGCCUUACUCUCAGGAUGAUGCUUCGUGGGAUACACACAAAUGUUUAGUGCUUCACGUGGACAAGAGAAUAACGUUGGCUGCCUUCAAGCAGAACCUGGAGCCCUACGUCGGAGUCCCGUCGUCCCAGUUCAAGGUGUUUCGAGUUUACGCCAACAACCAGGAGUUUGAGAGCGUACGGCUCAACGAAACGCUCUCGUCGUUUUCCGACGACAACAAGAUAACCAUUCGACUGGGAAGAGCAUUGAAAAAGGGUGAAUACAGAGUCAAAGUGUUCCAGCUGCUCGUGAAUGAACCAGAGCCUUGUAAGUUUUUAGUGGAAACGGUGUUUGCUAAGGGCAUGACUGUAAGACAGUCCAAAGAGGAGCUGCUUCCUCAGUUAAAAGAGCAGUGCAAGCUCGACCUCGGCAUCGACAGGGUUCGUCUCAGGAAAAAGACGUGGAAGAAUCCAGGAACGGUGUUUCUGGAUUACCACGUUUACGAGGAAGACAUCAGCAUUUCCUCAAACUGGGAGGUUUUCCUGGAAGUCUUGGAUGACUCGGAGAAGAUGAAGUCCAUGUCGCAGCUGGCCAUUCUGACCCGGAAGUGGAACCCAGCUACGAUGAAGCUGGGACCUUUCCAGGAAGCGAUUCUGGAGAGCAGCAGCGUGGAAGAACUAAAGGAAAAGCUCAGUGAAAUGAGUGGUAUUCCCAUGGAGAACUUGGAAUUUGCAAAGGGCAGGGGAACGUUUCCAUGUGAUAUAUCCGUGUUGGAAAUCCAUCAGGAUUUGGACUGGAACCCAAAAGUUUCGACUCUCAAUGUGUGGCCUCUGUACAUCUGUGACGAUGGAGCCGUGGUCUUCUACAGGGACAGCAGAGACGAACCUCUGGAGCUGUCGGAGGACGAGCGCAACGAGCUGAUGAAGAAGGAAAGCAGCCGCCUGCUGAAGACGGGACACCGCGUCAGCUACUCGCCGCGCAAAGAGAAGGCCCUCAAGAUCUACCUGGACGGCGGCCCCGUGAGGGACCCGGGGCAGGACUGAGGCCCGCACAAACCACUCUGGGCCGUUUAGACCGCCCGGCCGCUGCGGGCGUAACCGCCAGGCGUCUGGACUUUGACACGACAGUGACUUGAAACGAAAGCGGCGUUGUGAGGAGCGUUUUCCUCACAGCCCGAGCUCGGAGCCCCACUGCUGUCCAGAGCCCUUGAUGUGUACUAUAGUGUAAUGUACUGUAAAGUCUAAAGGGAAGUUCAAAAGCUAAUUUUAGAGAGAAGAAUCGAGCACUGUAUCGACAAAUCACAUGAAACGGAUGUGGAGAGGCUAGGGCGGUGAAGCCAGCUGGGAAGUCAUCCAUCCCGUCUUUGCGAGUCUUCUGAAAUCAAACUCUGUCAUUCUGUGUUCAUCUCUCUGUUCCGGACGACGGUGAUUCUUGCUCAUACGCGUCUCGUAAUGUUCUCAUGCCGUUUGACCACUGCUCGUCCUCAGUUACUCACCGUCUUCUGAAUGCUUUUGACAGCCGAGACCUCCUGACCUUUUCCCACCUCCUCCACAUCUCCUCUGGUGGAACCUUGCUUUCUCUGUAACUUUGAAGAAAAAAAAAAAAAUUGGUUCACAGAAUUUGAUGAGUCUAGAAGCAAAACGUCGUGCUCCUGUAACACCCUCAUUAUGUGUUGUUAUGGGCUGCUUUGCAUCUAACGCAGCAUUUUCACUUCAUGUAGUGAUUUCAUAGGAUGUUGGUCCUUUCUGUCAUAAAAUACAAUGAAGCAAAAACCAAGUAGUUUUUUGUUAAGAAUUUUCUUCUGUUUGUAAGUUAUUAAUUUGCUUCAGACCUAAUCGCUGCUGUUGGGUCUUUAGCGAGUCUCACAUCUGCUGUGUGUUCAUUAUAUUUGUAGAGAAUCUAUUUGUUGUCUUUUUUUCUUUUUUUGCUUUGUUUUUGCACUUUGUGGGCUGGACGUCCACAGCAUGGAUCAUCCUGUCGUGUGAGUGGGGGUGGUUGUCCUGUCUGGUGGGGGUUCUCUCUGGGUUUUUGUUUUUUUGGCGCUUCGACUGGCUGCUGCUGCUGCUUGAUAGACUUGACACCAGAGGGCGCACACAGCCUGCUGGACUCCUCCUCCUCUUCCCCGGGUUAAGGCUCUGUGAACUUAAACUCAGCAGCCCUGGUUUCCCUGAGGUUGUCACCAGCUCUUCACUGUAGAAACGCCAACGUCGGAGGAUUUCCCUUUUUUUUCUCUGUUGUUUAUUUCUUUGGAAUUUGAGAUCAUGUGUGAAAAUAGUUAAAGAUGAUUUUAGAAAUAAAUUAAAAAUGCUUUUUUUGAUUAAAAAGAAAAAGACUUCUUGA